AUGAGCCCUCAGCGCGAACAUUCCUCCGGUGACGAGUCCACUGGUGGCCCAAUUCCGUUUGAGGUCAAGAACAAAAAAACGGAGGAGAGUGGUGACGAGGAUUCUGAGAGCGAGGAAGAGGACGUAUACGUCGUUGAAAAAAUUGUCGGUCAUGAGUUUAAGAAGAACGGCGAUUUAUUGUUAAAUGUCAAGUGGAAAGGAUACGAUGACCCCGAAGACCAGACUCUGGAGCCUGUGGAUGGAUUACUGGAGGGCGCAACAGAAGUCGUCCAAGAAUACUUCUCCCAACUGGGCGGCCGACCACAGCCACCCGGAAAGCAAGCCCCAGGGAGAAAGCGAAAAUCCAUGAGUGAAGCCAAAUCAACACCCGAUCCAAAGAAAACGAAGAAGCCUAGGGGCACGGCGAACGGCACUGAGACUUCCGCAAAGAGAGAAGCCCAUGUCUCACCUGACGACGACGAAAGGGAUAUCAGCCCAGAGGAUUGGGAGGAAAAAGAUGUCGACAAGGUCGAGACGAUAGUGCCGGAUGAGAAAGGAAACCUUUAUGCGUACGCACAGUUUAAAAAUGGCAAAUCCGUCAAAAUUGCAAUCGAACAAUGCUAUGAGAAAAUGCCAAUGAAGGUGAGUCAGCCUAUACCCAGUGGAAUUUAA